ACUCUCCCUCUGCAUACUGCUCCCCUACUCGCGGCGGAAAAGGCGGAAACCUUCCUCUGCCCAUCAUGAGCGCCGGAGAGAUCAGCGAUGGCAAGAAAAUGCCAGACAGCGAGACCAGGACAUCAUCAGAAGCCGAAGCAGACAGAGCGAAAUCCGUAUCAGUCACCACAGAUGCGAACGGUGAUACCGUGGUCGUGCAGGAAGAUGGCGAAACCUUUGUCAUCGACACGAAGGCGGAAAGAGCACUGCUCUGGAAAUUCGACCUGCGAAUCCUACCACUGCUCGCAAUGAUGUAUCUCUUCAACUCCCUGGACAAAGCCAACCUCGGAAACGCGAAAACAGAUGGUUUGGAGAAAGACCUUGGAUUCGCGGGCACGAAUAAAUACAACAUCCUGCUCUCAAUCUUCUUCGUCCCCUACGUCCUCACUGCCCCCUUCCUCGGAAUCCUAGGAAAACUGUACGGACCUUCACGCGUGCUUCCCGCAAUGAUGGCCACUUUCGGCUCCAUGACUCUCCUCACAAUGGCAGCAUACAACUGGUCAGGUCUCCUGGCUUUACGCUGGUUUCUCGGAAUGGCCGAAUCCGCAUUCUUCCCCCUCGUAAUCUACUACCAAACCCAAUUCUACCGCCGCGGCGAACUCGCCCGCCGCCUCGCAAUUUUCUACGCAGCGAGUAACAUCGCCUACGCAUUCGGCGGCCUGCUGGCCUUCGGAGUCUUCCAAAUCGAAAGCGGCCGCCUCCCCUCCUGGAAAUACCUCUUCGCAAUCGAAGGCUCCCUCACAAUCCUCGGCUCAAUAAUCGCCUUCACCUUCCUCCCCUACUCAGCCGCACACGCGCGAUUCCUCAACGCCGAAGAAAAGAAACUCGCAUUCUACCGCAUCCAAGUCGACUCCUCGGCGAUCGUGAACGAAAAAUUCCACUUGAAAUCCGCACUGCAGAUCCUUCGACACCCGACUUCAUGGGUAAUUUUGCUGAUCGAAAUGUGUCUGGGCAUCCCGCUGCAAUCCGUGGGGUUAUUCCUCCCGCAAAUCGUCGCGAGGCUCGGGUACAGUAAGAUAAAAACCAACCUCUACACCGUGGCGCCGAACAUCACGGGAGCUUGUAUGCUGUUGAUCCUCGCAUACUCUUCCGAUUACACGCGCUGGAGAUUCCCGUUCAUCGCUCUAGGCUUCUUCUUCACGUUCUGCGGCUUCAUCAUCUACGCAGCCAUCGACGUCGAAUCCAACAUCCACGUCGCGUACUACGCGUGUUUCAUGAUGACGUGGGGUACAUCCGCACCCUCCGUGAUCCUGGACGUAUGGUACAACAACAACAUCGCAGACGAAAAUAAGCGACUCCUCCUCACUUCGAUCGGCGUGCCUGUGGCGAACAUGAUGGGUGUGGUGAGCAGCAAUAUUUUCCGGACGCAGGACGCUCCGGAUUACAUUCCUGCUUUGGCCACGACUGCUGCGUUUGGGGCUACGGGGAUCGUUUUGACUCUGCUGUUGGGGUUUUGGAUGAUUUUUGAUAAUAAGAGGAGGGAUCGGAGGCAAGGCCGGAGAUUGAGGCCGAAGGAUGUUAGUACGGAAAAGUUGAGAGAGGGGCCUGCUGCUGAGGAGUUUAGAUGG